GCAUGCGUCGUUUUAUCAAUGUCUCCGACCAGAGACAAUUUUUGUAAUCUGGCAAAUUUCUACUUUUCGUUUGUAGGUUAUGUUUUAGUGUAAUUGUCAAAAUUUAUGUAAAUUAUUUUAAUUUCGUGGAAUUCUGCAGUUAUGGGGUGGACAAAAGUAAUUACAUUGUGAGAACAUUAUUGCGAGUUAACAUAUUGCCUACAAUAUUUCCUGCUAAUGGCUGUGUAAUCUCAAGUGUUAUUUGACAUUGCGUGGAGAUGUGAACAGAAAAGUCAAUACGCACUUCUCGUUUUUCCAAUUGUAUUAUCGUGAAGGUUUGCCACUAGGACAAACAAAGUGAUUUGUGAAUUCCGUGAUUCACUUUUGGCUAAUUUGACUAAUCAUUCACUUAGUCAACAUGACGGCGAGUCAGACUUCCGUGGUGAAACUCUACAAUACAGUGGUAGACGAUGUAAUAGCCGGAGUACGCGACUGUUUUUUAGAUGACGGUGUGGAUGAGCAAGUUUUGCAAGAGUUAAAACAAUUAUGGAAAACAAAAUUGAAAGCUAGUGGUGCCAUGGAUCCACCGGUCCCUGAGGCCGCUAUGCCUCCACCAGCUGUUUUGCAGAACUUUCAGAAAAUGAAUGGUAAUAACACGUUUAUUUUACCAAAGAGGUCUGUUGAUAAUUCUAUGGCUCAAGGAUCAAGUCAGCAAAAUUCUAGUGCGGAACAUGGUGCCCCACCAUCAAAUGUUGCAGGGGCCCAUCCACAUCUUGUACUCGAUCUCAAUAAUAAAGUGCCUGUACAGUUAACACUACCUGCCCAGCCUGGCGUACCUGGUUCCCAGCCGCGCUCGUUCACAAUCCAGAUUCCAGCAUCAGCAUUAAAUGGCAAUAAACUACAUCAAGUGCUAACUGGGCCAAUCAUCAAUGCAACAAUAAGUUUGCCCCAGCCACUGGCCGCCACUCUACUCCAGCAGCAUAUUAAUUCUGCAUUAGCAAGCCAACAAAACGAAUUUGAUGGAGGUGGUGGGGGCCGUAGUGGAGCUGCACCAUUCUCUUUGGAUGGUGCAUUAGAUUCUUCAGAUGAUGAGGGAUCAAACAUGGGUGAUGGGUCUGAAGAUGGUGGUGAUGAUGAUGACGAUAAUGAGGAAUCUGCUGAGGAGCGUGCAGAGGAGGAGGAGGAAGAGAGAGAUGAGAUUGGGGGUCCUGAGGAAGAACCUCUUAAUUCUGGUGAUGAUGUGUCUGAUGAAGAACCUGGUGAUAUGUUUGACACUGACAAUGUGGUGGUUUGCCAAUAUGAUAAGAUCACACGCAGUCGUAACAAAUGGAAGUUUUAUUUAAAAGACGGCAUAAUGAAUCUAGCUGGCAAAGACUUUGUCUUCCAGAAAGCUAAUGGCGAUGCGGAAUGGUGAAAUGUUUGUGCUUAAGUAGUAGACAAGUGUGUAUUUUUAAUAAUGGAGUAACUUGAUAUGGUUAUUGACUGUUAGAAUGUAAUUGAUAAACAAGAGAGAAUUAGACAAGGGGAAAAUAUUAUCUCAAAUCUUAAGUUGCAAUACUUCACAUGAUUGACUUCACCUAAUAGGUAUUAUAUUGUUUAUCAAUUUAAUCUCACAGUUUAGUUAUUAUCUAUAGUGGUGGAUAAAAUUUCAUUAGGCGCAUGAUUGUAUUAUUUGAUAUAAAUCAAAACAGUAGUUCAUUUUAGUUGUAAAUAUUCAGUUCACAUAGCACAUUUUACACAAUGGUGUAAAAUAGGUCUAUGAUUCCUUACAUCUAAUUGUUUAAGUAUUGAAAAUUUGUACUAACCACUUUAUUUUAUUGUCUCAUUUUUUGCAUUAAAUGCUUUAACUGCAACUUCCUGUAGAAAUCAAUAUAAUAUAUGGUGUUAACAUGCUGUGGUGUGUGAUUGCUUCAAAAUACUAAGAGUAACAAAAAUAGCGAUGGCUCAAACUAAAUCAGUUUGACUUAUCUCUCAUUGUGUUUUCAAUGAUGUGAGUCUAUUUGUCGUAUCUCUCUAUGAUCAUAAUUAUUGAAAAUGUCAGUUAUAUAAUAUACCAAAAUUGUGACUACAAUUUUGGUUGUUAUUGCAGAUACAUGUAUAUUGCAUUCUGCAACUUGUUAUUGUGAUACAAAUUACUAACCACAAACUGUUGUACACUACUACAUAAUGAUGACAUGAUUGUGCCAUAACAAAAACAUAAGGGUGUUGAUACUAACAUGGCAUGUUAAUAAGAACUACUAUUGAAAAACAAUUUAGAAUUAGUGUUAGUAGAAUCAACACAACACCUUAUUAUUUUUUAAAAAAUCUGCUAUAAAUUACUCAUAGUCUGUAAUUAAAUUAUCUGUCUACUUACUAUAUUUGUUUUAAAUUUUAUUUCAAGCUAUUAAUAAAAGUACCUAUGAAAGUUUUCUUUUAAAAUUACAUUUCAAUGUGUAGAAAUGAGGCAACAAAAAUAACAAUGUGCUAAUUACAUUCAUUAUAUACCUACGUACAUAAUGAAUCUAUCUUAUUUCAUUAGUUUUUUUUUCUUUACAUCGGACUUUUAUUUUAUUCUUUAGAUGUAUGAGAGAAAGGUAAAACAGAACAUGAUAUAACCUUGCAAAUGUUGGUUAUAUGAAGAUUAGGCGAGUUAAUAAAGUUCGUUAAAUUCGUGUUAAAUCCCAACUAUGAAUGUAAUUUUUCUUAUCCUGUAGAACAUAAAGUAGAAUCUGUGAAAUUUCAUCUCUGUCUGAAAGACCGACACGAUCGUUGCCCUUGCCAACAAUCUGUAUAUAAGGAUAUCAUUGCGGAAAUUACUCUUGCGAAUGCUGGGGUAUGCAUAUAAUUAUGUAUAAUGUUACGGCGAAACCACGAAGUGUCAGUUGCUACACCUAUGUCUAGAAGUUGUAGCCUGCUUAAGUUCGGCUAGACUUAGGUGUCUGUUUUACAUAUAUUACAUUAAAUGAGUCGAUAUUUCUUAAUCUGUUAAGAUGGCUGUCCCUAGCACUUAUCUAUAUAUUACUUACAUGAAUUUUAAAUUAAAUCUAAACAGUUGUGUAAGAAAUGUUAGAAACUGUCUCUCUGUAUCUUUCGACCGGAGCAACUGGAUUCUAAUCCUGGUAAAGUUCCAAUCGUCCCAUUUCUCAAAAAGCUGGUAAGAAACAAUUUAAAUGACCGAAAUAAUAUUUGUUACUGCAUAAAGCUAAAUAGAUUAAGUACACUAACCGUCUUAUUCAUAAAGAAUGUCAAAUAUUGUAAAAUGAGAUAAUGAUAAUAGGCAAAACAUUUUAUCUUAAAAUAUGUUUUUACGAAUAAAAGGGUAGUCCUAAGUUUAUGGGAAGAAACUUGUAAAAAUUGAAUAAAAGCCAUCUGUGUAAAAUAAAAAAUAUAAUUAGGUACAUUCAAUAGCACAUCAAGACAACCAAAUUCAUAGCGAAUUCGUCUCUAUUGACGCGGAUUAAGGAUCCAUGCAGUGCAGGAACUUGAUAAGCGGUCGACUGACGUACAUAAGUGUUGAAAUUAUGUGUGAAAAAAGAAAAGAGUGUGUGAUAUCCAUUACGGGCCAAUAAAUAUAUGCACACAACUGAUACGAGUAGGCCAAAAAAAUAUAAUUGUAUUUACCAAGUAAUCGAUGUAAUCGAAUUUCAUACAUUAUGAAUUAAAUUUAGAAGCACCCGAAGGAAUAAUGUAUGUGAAACCUAUAUCUCUACUAGUAUGAUUAUUUUAGAUUUAUUUUAAGAACUGAAUUUUACAAAUACUAAUUUCAUAUUUUGGGCUGUGUUUAUCGCUACAAUUUUUGUUCAACUUAUCGGAAUAAAAUUAAACUACUGUGUCUAUAAUUAUUUCAUAUCUAAUUGAUACCUAAUAUCAAUAAAAUUAUUUUUUUUUUUCGUGGGGUUUAAUUUUGGUUUAAAAUUACAACGUAGUCUUUAAUAAUAUAAACGUUCUACGAGUAUUUUAAGAUUAUCACGACGAUUUGAGUUUGUAAUUAUGCAAUCAAUCGUGUGAAUAAUAAUAUAUCAAGUUAUUUUUUUUAUUCCGAUUAACUGACAAAAGUACCUAAUAUGUUUUUGAUUUAUGAAUUUUUUUAACAACUAAAUCAAAAUGUACAUCUUAAGCUUAGGAAGUAGUAUAAAGAUGAUUCAAAUUAUCACUUGUAAUUAAUUGUUUUGUCCUGGUCCAUCUCCAAAAAAAUUUCGCAUAAAAUUUACUUAUUUCUUAAUUUUAAAGGCUUUUAAAAAAAUGCCAACGUCUAAAUAUUCAGACUUUUGGUCAUUAAUAUAAUAUUGUGAUAUAAAUGUGAGUAUAGCCAGGCAGUUAGUUUUCAGAUAUGUUUUUGUCAAAUUAUUUAAGAUACUGUAAUUUGUUUUAUUUCUGUAUGCGUUAAACUGUGACAAAAAUGGUAAUUAUAAAUAAAUACGUUGCAUUA